CGUGUGUGUAUGUGUAUGUAUGUAUGUUUCUCUUCUGUGGUGCAUCCCCCCCCUUUUCCCCUCUCAUCAUAUGAACUGCUGCUCCUCUUAUGUGUGCUUCUGCUUGUCAUACCCCAGACAGUGACAGCACCCGCAACACAUGUUGAUACCAUGCCUAUAUUGAUUCCGCCUGUUAGGUAUUUAGGCCCAUCUUGCCUACCUGCCUGCCUGCCUGUCUUGUCUCAGAUGCCGGAUCACACACACGCACACACGCUUACAGGUCAAGUCAAAAGUGAGGCUGAGUAACCAGCCAGCCAAACCCCGCCUCCGGGGGGGAGAUAGUUGGAGUCGGUGUGCGAGGUUGUGCAAUGGGAUCGGUGAGUGAGUUGGCGGGCUGUGGUGGGAUGGGGCAGGGCAGGGCAGGGCAGGGCAAGGCAGGGCAGGGCAGGGCAGGUUGAGAUGAUUAUGUAUGUCUGUCUGUCUGGC